CGCCAGCAGAAGCCGCGCGGCGGAUGCGGUGCCUUUCGGCGCUCGCGGUUGCCUCCGCCGCCCCGUGGUCGCGAUGUCGCGGCAGAGCACGCUGUACAGCUUCUUCCCCAAGUCCCCGGGGCUCAGUGAUGGCAAGAAGACCCCGGCCAGGGCCUCCGCCGCCGCCGCCGCCACCCCCGGGGCCUCCUCCUCUCCAUCCCCUGCCGGGGCUGCGGCCUGGAGCGAGCCCGAGGCGGAGCCGGGCUCCAGGCCCUUGACGGUGUCCGCUUCGCCGCCUAGGGCGAGGAACGUCAACGGAGGGCCGCGGAGGUCGUCCGCGGCGCCGGCCGUCCCCGCCACCAGUUCCUGUGACUUCUCCCCAGGUGAUUUGGUGUGGGCCAAGAUGGAGGGCUACCCCUGGUGGCCAUGUCUCGUGUACAACCACCCGUUUGACGGAACGUUCAUCCGAGAGAAAGGGAAAUCGGUCCGUGUGCACGUACAGUUCUUUGAUGACAGCCCGACAAGAGGCUGGGUUAGCAAAAGGCUAUUAAAGCCGUACACAGGUUCAAAGUCAAAGGAAGCCCAAAAGGGAGGGCAUUUUUACAGUUCCAAGUCUGAAAUACUUAGAGCAAUGCAGCGUGCAGAUGAAGCCCUAACGAGAGACAAGGCGAAGAGGCUUGAACUGGCCGUGUGUGACGAGCCCUCGGAGCCCGAGGAGGAGGAGGAGACAGAGGUGCGCGAGGCCUACGCCUAUGAGAAGAGCGAGGAAGACGACGAGGCCGAGAGCGAGGGAGCAACGCCCAAGGCGCAGGGGCCCCGGCGGAGCAGCCGGCGGGUGAAGAAGCGCAAGGUCAUCUCGGACUCGGAGAGCGACAACGGCGGCGGCGGCUCCGACGUGGAAUUCAAGCCGGAUGCUAAGGAAGAAGGCAGCAGCGAUGACAUGAGCAGCGGGAUGGGGGACAGUGAGAGCGAAGGCCUGGACAGCUCCUUCAAAGUGGCCUCGAAGAAAAAGAGGGCGGCUGGCAGCAGUGCCUUUAAGAGGAAAGGAUCGAGGAGGGAGGCGGCGGCCUCCACCCCGAAACGUGCCGGCGGCGUCUCGGCGGAGACCAGGAACACGCUGAGCGCCUUCUCGGCGCCUCCGAACGCGGAGCCCCAGGCCCAGUUUGGUGGGGGAGGCGAUGAGGGCAGCCGCCCCGCCGUCUGGUAUCACGAGACUCUCGAGUGGCUUAAGAAGGAAAAGAGGAGAGACCAGCACCGGAGGCCACCCGAUCACCCUGACUUUGACGCGUCCACACUCCACGUGCCCGAAGACUUCCUGAAUUCCUGUACUCCUGGGAUGAGGAGAUGGUGGCAGAUUAAGUCUCAGAACUUUGACCUGGUUAUCUUUUACAAAGUAGGAAAGUUCUACGAACUCUAUCACAUGGAUGCUGUGAUCGGUGUCAAUGAGCUUGGGCUGGUGUUCAUGAAAGGCAACUGGGCCCACUCCGGCUUCCCUGAAAUUGCAUUUGGCCGCUACUCCGACUCCCUCGUGCAGAACGGCUAUAAAGUGGCCCGAGUGGAACAGACGGAGACUCCAGAGAUGAUGGAGGCCCGGUGCCGCAAGAUGGCACACGCCUCGAGGUUUGAUAAGGUGGUGAGGAGGGAGAUCUGUAGGAUCAUCACCAAGGGCACGCAGACGUACAGCGUCCUGGAGGGUGACCCCUCCGAGAACUACUGCAAGUAUCUCCUCAGCCUCAAGGAAAAAGAGGGGGACUCCUCCGGCCACACCCGUGUGUACGGCGUGUGUUUUGUUGACACGUCACUGGGCAAGUUUUUCGUAGGCCAGUUUUCCGAUGACCGCCACUGUUCCCGACUGAGAACUCUGGUGGCGCACUAUCCUCCAGCCCAAGUCCUGUUUGAGAAGGGAAACCUCUCGGCAGACACGAAGACGGUCCUGAAGGGUUCGUUGUCCUCUUCCCUUCAGGAAGGUCUUAUGCCAGGGUCCCAGUUUUGGGAUGCAGCCAAGACUUUGAGAACGCUCCUCGAAGAAGGAUACUUUACCGAAAAACUAAGUGGAGAGGACGGGGCAGUGUUACCCCAGGUUCUUAAAGGUAUGACCUCCGAAUCCGACUCUCUCGGUUUGACCCCAGGAGAGAAGAGCGAACUGGCUCUCUGUGCCUUAGGUGGUUGUGUUUUCUACCUCAAAAAAUGCCUCAUUGAUCAGGAGCUCUUAUCAAUGGCUAACUUUGAAGAAUAUAUUCCCCUGGAUUCUGACAUGGUCUGCACAAGACCAGGUGCUGUCUUCACAAAAAGCAAUCAACGAAUGGUGCUAGAUGCAGUGACGUUGAACAACUUGGAGAUUUUCCUGAACGGGACCAACGGGUCUACGGAGGGGACCCUGCUCGAGAGGAUUGACACCUGCCACACCCCCUUUGGAAAGCGGCUCCUCAAACAGUGGCUCUGCGCCCCACUCUGUAGCCCCUCUGCUAUCAACGACCGUCUAGAUGCCGUGGAAGACCUCAUGUCUGUGCCCGACAAAAUCAGCGAAGUCUCAGAACUCCUAAAGAGGCUUCCAGAUCUUGAGAGGCUGCUGAGUAAAAUUCAUAAUGUCGGCGCGCCUCUCAAGUGCCAGAACCACCCAGAUAGCAAGGCUAUAAUGUAUGAAGAAACUACGUACAGCAAAAAAAAGAUUAUUGAUUUUCUUUCUACCCUGGAAGGAUUCAAAGUCAUGUGUAAAAUUAUAAGCAUUAUGGAAGAACUUGUCGAUAAUUUCAAGUCUAAAAUCCUGAAGCAGGUUGUGACUCUGCAGACAAAAAGUCCCGAGGGCCGCUUUCCCGACCUGACCGCGGAACUGAACCGGUGGGACACGGCUUUUGACCACGAAAAGGCUCGCAAGACGGGACUGAUUACUCCCAAGCCAGGAUUUGACUCCGAUUACGACCAAGCACUCGCCGACAUCCGAGAAAACGAGCAGAGCCUCCUGGAGUACUUGGAUAAACAGCGCACCCGAAUAGGCUGUAAGACCAUAGUCUACUGGGGCAUCGGUAGGAACCGGUACCAGUUGGAAAUUCCUGAAAGCUUCACCACCCGCAAUUUGCCAGAAGAGUACGAGUUGAAAUCCACCAAGAAGGGCUGUAAGCGCUACUGGACAAAGACCAUUGAGAAGAAGUUGUCCAGUCUUAUGAAUGCUGAGGACCGCAGGGACACGUCGUUGAAGGACUGCAUGCGGCGCCUCUUCUUGAACUUUGAUAAGAAUUACAAGGACUGGCAGGCUGCUGUAGAGUGCAUUGCGGUGUUCGAUGUCUUACUGUGUCUGGCUAAGUACAGUCAAGGAGGAGACGGUCCUAUGUGUCGCCCAGCAAUUCUGUUACCAGGAGAAGAUACUCUACCCUUCUUAGAGCUUAAAGGAUCACGACACCCUUGCAUUACCAAGACUUUUUUUGGAGAUGAUUUUAUUCCUAACGACAUUUUAAUAGGCUGUGAAGAAGAAGGGGAAGAAAAUGGUAGCGCUUUUUGUGUGCUUGUUACCGGACCGAAUAUGGGGGGCAAAUCUACUCUUAUAAGACAGGCUGGUCUGCUAGCGGUGAUGGCUCAGAUGGGCUGUUUUGUACCUGCGGACGUGUGCAGGCUUACACCGGUCGACAGGGUGUUCACUAGACUCGGUGCCUCAGACAGAAUAAUGGCAGGUGAAAGCACCUUCUUUGUUGAAUUGAGUGAAACUGCCAGCAUUCUUAGGCAUGCGACAGCGCACUCCCUGGUGCUUGUGGAUGAGCUAGGAAGAGGUACUGCAACAUUUGAUGGGACAGCAAUAGCAAAUGCAGUUGUCCAAGAACUUGCUGAGACCAUAAAGUGCCGCACACUAUUUUCUACUCAUUAUCAUUCAUUGGUAGAAGACUACUCUAAAAAUGGUUCUGUGCGUCUUGGGCAUAUGGCAUGCAUGGUAGAAAAUGAAUGUGAAGAUCCCAGCCAGGAGACUAUUACCUUCCUCUAUAAAUUCAUUAAGGGAGCUUGUCCUAAGAGCUAUGGCUUUAAUGCAGCAAGGCUUGCUAAUCUUCCAGAGGAAGUUAUUCAGAAGGGACACAGAAAGGCAAGAGAAUUUGAGAAGGUGACUCACUCACUACGACUAUUUCGGGAAAUUUGUCUGGCUUGUGAAAGGUCGACUAUAGAUGCUGGAACUGUCCAUAAGCUGCUGACUUUUGAUUAAGGAAUCGCAGACUACAUUGGAAGCUUUGAGUGGACUUUUGACAAAGGUGGUAAAUUCAGACAACAUUAUGAUCUAAUAAACUUUAUUUUUUAAAAAUGA